AUGCCUCGGAGUAAGAAGUCAAAGUCCAGAAAGCAGGCCCGGGGUGGCUCCAAGGGUGUGAAGGGUGCUCAGGCUACCACCACAGCUGAAGAGGAAAAAUCACUUUCCUCAACCAGUCAUUCUCUAGAAGCUGCUGGUCAGGAGCCUGCUGCUACUUCACGUAGCACUCUUCAGGCUCGGGGCACCACCAAGGUGCCUGGGAGGGUUAAAGCAAGAGUAACCAAAAGAGCCACCCGUAAAAGAGAUGAAGAAGCAAGUUCCUCUGGGGCUUUACACACCACUGCAAGGCCACGUCAAGAUUCUCUGACCAAAGUUACAGCAUUACUUAUGGAAUUCCUGAUGAUCCGGUUCAAGAAAAAAAAGCCCAUCCUGAAAGCAGAAAUACUGAAGAUUAUUGGUAAGAAGUACAAACACAGUUUUUCUGAAAUUCUCAAAAGAGCCUCAUUCAAUACGGAGGUGGUAUUUGGUAUUGAUUUGAAGGAAAUGGAAUCUCCUAAGGAUUCCUAUGCCCUUGUCAGUAAAAUAGAUCUUCCCAACAAUGGCAGAGUGAGUCCUGGUAGGGGAUUCCCCAAGACCAGUCUCCUAAUAAAUGUUUUAGGGGUGAUCUUCCUGAAGGGUAAUUGUGCUAGUGAGGAAACUAUCUGGGCAUUCCUGAAUAAGAUGAAAGUCUAUGCUGGAGAGAAGCACUUCAUCUUUGGGGAGCCCAGAAAGCUUAUCACUGAAGAUCUAGUAAGGCUUAAAUAUUUGGAAUACCGCCAGGUAGCUCACAGCGAUCCACCCCGUUAUGAGUUCUUGUGGGGUUCUAGAUCGCAUGCCGAAAUCAGUAAGAUGCAAGUCUUAGAGUUUUUGGCCAAAAUUAACAAAACAGUUCCAAGUGCCUUUCAGUCUUGUUAUGAAGAAGCACUGAGAGAGGAAGAAAGUGGUACCGCUCCUACUCCAAGUGCCAGUACCUCCACCACAUCCAUGAAUGCUCCAGAACUGUGUCCAGAAGAUCCAGUGGUAGAUGAAGAAAUUGAAUCAGAUGCUUCUGUUCACAUUGAAGAUCCAGUGGUAGAUGAAGAAAUUGAAUCAGAUGCUUCUGUUCACAUUGAAGAUCCAGUGGUAGAUGAAGAAAUUGAAUCAGAUGCUUCUGUUCACAUUGAAGAUCCAGUGGUAGAUGAAGAAAUUGAAUCAGAUGCUUCUGUUCACAUUGAAGGUGAAGAUUAA